AUGCAGCAACGGCCAGAAUCGAACCUUCAGCUCUCUUCGCUCCCUCCUAUCAGUACUCUAUCCCUACUGCCCUCGAAGGACAACUACUUUGGCGAAGCAGUGUGUGAUUCUCCAGACGGCUCCGAGGGACAUGCAUCUGAUGAAGAGACCGACGACGCUUCUGUCCACUCUGAUUCCACUCUUGAAGAUGAACCCGGCGUUCCUCAGUUUGGUCAUCCGUUAGAGCGCAUGCCUAGGCUGAAGAGUGCCGACCAUGGCUUGCAUUAUUCGGUCGACCAGCAAAUCUCGGCCCUUCUCAAGUUAGCCAGGUCCAGACGUCCGUCAGCGUAUCCCUCUCCCUACCCCUCUCCCUCCCUUUCCGUCACUUCUGCCUCGUCAACUUCGACACAUGACACGAUUGAUUAUGAAGAAAUUGUCAGUCAUCUUCUAAGUCAGAAACUCAAUCCAUUCUUGUCUUGCGAUUCUUGGGGCUUCGUGGUCCUCAAUCCUUCCUCCGACCAUGAUCUCCACAACUCUUCCCCAGUCAUGGUCAAGAAAUUCAAAAGGACGUUACCUGAGUUACUCGUACUGCUGGAGAUGAAUCAUCCCAACCUGAGGGACGAUCCCUGGAAUGCUGUACCUCAUAUCCGAUGUGGAGUUGAAAGAGACGACGAUGUGUACCUCUGCAUGCAGCCCCUGUGGGAAUAUGAUGAUCCCCCUUUACUGACAGUAGCCCAUUACAUUGACCUCUUCCGACAAAUUCUCGAGGGUCUUUCAUUUCUUCACGAGCAACGAAUAGCCGGGUUGAAUUGCGCGGAGUCCUCAUCAUACAUGGUGGAUCUGAGUAGUUCCCCACGAGCGCCACUUCAUGGCAGUGCAACUUCAAUAGACGCAGAAAUUCCUCAAUUCGACCGGACCAUCUAUCCCGUGCGGUACUACUUUGUUGAUUUCUCCAGAGCGACACGAAUAAACAAGGAGACACCGCCGUGCCAUUCCUCUACGCCAUCAACGCCAGCAGGUGAUGCGAAGGCCCGAUCUGCUUGUCCUCUGAAACGAGACGUCCAAGAUUGUGGGAUCAUGUUUGACAGACUUCUGGCAGAUGUUCCUCAGAUUUCCGCCAAAUUCAAAUCGCUGAUCAAAGCAAUGACACUUGGAGGUUUCACAGCAGACGAUGCACGUCGUCUCUUCGAGGCUCUUUGCCGCUCGCUGGACGCGCAAGUUUUCGAGUCUAAGGCUGAAUCUCGUGGCACUCAGCGGCCGCUCGAACGGGCCCAUACUCUGGCAUUUCCGCCCUCGACAAUGAACGCAUCAGUCAUACCUUUGGAGAAGAGACCAUCUCAUUGA